AUGUGUCGCGGUUUGGAUGAGGUGGGUACCUUUUGGAAAGAAGAUGUCCGUAAACAUUUCCCAUCCCUGAGAAGUGUGCACUCGUGCGAGGAGGAGGCCGGCCGUACACCUCGUGUCGAGUGCUCCUUCUACCGCGAAUGUCGUCGUGCUUUGAAAAUCCUCUUGCGGACGUCGGAUGGCCUCUCCGACGCCCAAGCGUUGUCUCGUAAGGCAUUAUAUCGAUUGUUAGUUAGGGGGUCCGUUCGAGAUGCUCUGAUCGACGAGCUCGGUCUUACGAAGCAGGAGGCUUGCUCGAUAUGGCCUUGGGCGCCUGGCUUGAAAUGUCUCACUAACGAUGAGGCAUCACUCACCUGGCUGAUGAUUCGUGGGGCCCUCUGGGUCGGCAAAAGACUCUGUUCAGCAGGCUUGGAGAAAUAUCCAAACUGUCGUCGCUGUACUGGGGAAGUCGAGACCAUUGGUCACGCCUUUUUUUCAGUGCAAGACGGUAGUGCCGUUGUGCAAGUUUGUUGA